AGGCUGCAGAAUGGGGUGAGUUUGGGUAAGCUCGCACAGGGCGGGCCCUUACCUUCCCCUCCGAAUAAAACGGGCUGAGAGGAUGUCUGCCGUGCUGGAGGAGCGCACUCCUGGGAGCUGGGCAGCUGACUCUUGUCGUCCACGUCGCGUAGUCGCUACAGCCUGAGGGAGACAUGGUCAGUGGCGGCAAUAAGGCGCCCAUCAUCCUCGGGGUGGUCGGCCUGCUGCUGGUGGCGUUAGGGGCGCUGCUGGUAUUUUUGGUCCCUGUUAUCAUGAAGCAACAAGUGGAGAAGAAUGUCCGUAUCGACCCCAGCAGUGGCUUUGCUUAUGAAAUGUGGAGGGAUCUCCCAGUACCCUUCUUCAUGUCAAUCUAUGUUUUUGAAGUAAUGAAUCCUAAAGAAAUUACUUUGGGAGAGAAACCAAGGGUUGAAGAACGUGGGCCUUACGUUUAUAGAGAGCGCAAACAGAAAACAAACAUAACCUUCAAUGAAAAUGGAACUGUAUCGUUUGUGGAAAUAAGAAGUUUCCAGUUUGAUCGUGAAAAGUCUGCAGGAAGCGAAGAUGAUUAUGUAUUAGUCCCAAAUCUUAUUGUCAUGAUUUCUUCACUGAUGACGAAGGAUAUGUCCUAUGCUGUUAGAUUUAUGCUCAAUGCUGCAUUUUUAGUAUACAACCAAGAGCCAUUCAUGAACCGUACUGUGAAGGAAGUCUUGUGGGGCUACAGUGACCCAUUCCUGGAUUUUGUAAAUACGAUCGUACCCAACGCCUUACCCUUCAAAGGGAAGUUUGGCUUGUUUGCAGAUUUCAAUAAUUCAAACACUGGUGUCUUUACCGUGAACACUGGGGUAGAAGAUAUCAGCAAGGUCCAAAUGUUAGACACAUGGAAUGGACUCAGAGAGGUUGCUUACUGGCACUCUGAGCAGGCCAAUAUGCUCAAUGGUACUGCUGGUCAGAUGUGGCCCCCGUUUCGGACCCCCUCCCAACCUUUAGAAUUUUACAGCCCGGACGCUUGCAGAUCAAUGAAAUUGGUGUACGAAAAAGAGGAAUCAUUUCGAGGUAUACCGACCUACCGAUACACCGCCCCAAACUAUCUUUUUGCAAAUGGAUCGGACUAUCCUCCAAAUAAGGGGUUUUGCCCAUGUGUGGCAUCUGGAGUGAUGAACGUCAGUUCCUGUCGGUUUAAUGCCCCACUCUUUCUGUCAUUUCCCCAUUUUUACAACGCUGACCCAGGAUUUGUAGAAGCUGUGGACGGUUUACACCCUAGUGAAAAGUUGCACUCCCUCUUCCUAGACCUGCAUCCACUCACAGGGAUCCCCAUGAAUUGUUCAAUCAAGAUGCAGCUCAGCUUACUAACAAUGGGAGUCAGUGGCAUUACGCAAAUUGGGAACAUUAAGCCUGUAAUCUUUCCAAUUCUGUGGUUUUCAGAGAGUGGAUAUCUAGAUGGUCCAGUGUAUCAUACAUAUUAUAACACCCUGAUUGUGCUCCCUGCUGUACUUGACUACCUGCAAUACAUCUUCAUUGCUCUGGGUCUCUUCUUUAUACUGGUUUCAGCGGUUCUUGCAUUUGCAAGAAAGGAAAAAUUCUGCUUAUUUUGGCGUAGUAAUAAAAAGCUUGAUGAAAAUUAUGAUAUCACUAAAGCCCAAAAAGAAAAGUUGACUGCUUCUAAUGGAACUGUGGUACUGGAAGCCAAAUUAUAGGUGCGUACAAGAAAGCGGAGAACAUCUUGGAAGACACAGGUGAAAUAACUCAAGCAGAUCAAUGUUCUGACGAUGCAAAGCUUCUUGAAGAUCCAGAUGAUUGACCUCAAGGCUGAGAAAUCACAGUACCCAUUCUAAUGGACCCUUUGAAACCUGUUUUUAAGGGAUAGUUCUAGAAUUUCAUUUAGUGGGUACCACAUAUUACAUAAAAUGUGGAGAAAUAUCCACGCAAAACAAUCCCACACCAGUAAGACUGAAAUUGAAUGGUGAUGAGGGGAUUCCACAGUAAAACAUUAGGGGUUUAUGAGCUCAGUCCUAAUGACUCUGAGCUUAGCAGGAUCCUACUGCCACAGAGAUCCAAAUAUAUUGCUUUCUCAUCCACAUAUUGACCAAAGAAGCAACGUCACUUGAGGACUCUGCAUAUGUGGCUUUCAGUUUUUAACACCUGAAAAUAAAUUUGAACACAUAAUGAAGGUACCCCUCCAAAGAACCUGGUAUAUGUUCUAGUUUGGUAGCUCAUGUCAUGCAGAAAAUAUGUAGUUUCCAGUGCAUUAGCUUUCAUUGAUAUGAUUUGGAAUGCACAUCAAUCGGCGGUUUCUUCUGCUUAUUAAGACAUGGUACAUCUGUUUGUGCCGUGUGAUCACGGGGCCACUCACAAGGGUAAUCUUUUUUUCUAUGGCUAAAAUUAUAGCUGCAUUAAUAUGCAGAGCUAAAAAGUGUAAGAGCUAUAUACUAAAGCUGGACACAAUACUUUAGGGGGGGGGGUGGCAAAAUUUUUUGAACAUUUCUUGUUUCAGUAUUAAUUGAACCUGUUAUUGCCAACCUUGAUUUAACAAUGCCCUUACAUGUAUAAACCCCUGGUGAGAAAUGGGCAUCAAUAAUGUGAUUAUGUAAUGUCACAGCGUAAUAUCAAAGCUUUGUGUUUCUCAGUUCACUGUCCUUCAAAAAAAAAAAAGUCCAAGUUGUCCAGUGUUGAGUUUACUAAGCACUUAUUCUCCUCUUCAGAUGGAUAAUCUGCUCUUAUCUCACUGUUUGUCAUUCAAAGUUACACGGUUGCUAGAAGUCCAAGCAAAUCAUUUUAAUUUAAAUCUGUUUGUUUGCACUGAACAUCUCAAGCAAUAAUUUAUACCACAAACCUCUCAGGGUAAUGUUUGUCUCAACAUAAGGCUACGGUCACACAAGAAUAAUGGUGCAUGUAAAAACCAUCAGAGGAAAGCAAAAAAAAAAAAAAAACCUUACCAGAGUUUUUUUGUUUUUUUGCUUUCCUAGUAUCUGAUCCUGGAUUUGGCUUUAACUAUGCAAUUCUUAUGCUGCCUAGUAACAUGGGUGUCUGAUUAUAGUCUAAGGGGGUAUCUACACAGCAGAUUUUGUUGUAGAAAUUUUGCUACUGAAUCUGUUCUUUUCACAUUAACAACAUUUUGGUGGCAAGCACAUAGGUUUUUGUAAGCCCCAGUGGACAGUUUCAGAAAUUUCUGAAACAAUGUUUGAUUUCAUCCUAGGGCUUUUUGUCAACUUGGGGCUGUGCAUCAUGAAGAUUGUAAGUGUUGCCCUGCCAGUUGCUCCUAAUAAGAGCCCCCGACUGUUGUUGGGGUGGCUUGCUGGUCUAAAACUGCAUACACUGACAAUGGGUAUGAUUGUGGUAGUUCGACAUUACGGGCUUUGUCGCAUGACCACAAGUCGCCAUCUAGCCUUAGCCUAAUUCUAACCAGCAUACUAUAAUUGUACAAGGGUGCCAUAAUCUUAUAAUGUAAUAUGGUAGCAGGAUCAACUUUGUGUUGGUCACUCGUGAGAAUUUCAACCACACUGUAGUGCAGUACUCAAAUUAUUAUAAUUUUUUUUGGGGAACAAUUUACAACCUAGUUGUUUUGCACAGAAAAGUGUGAAGAAUACGCCAAAAAAUUUAAACCAUUAAUUUUUUUUUAUGAAAUGGAAUCCUGGUGCCUUUUUUUUAUAUCAUUGUGAAAAGUAAUUUAUAAAAUAGCUUAAGUAUAAAUUUAUAUUGAUGCAAAGUGUAUAUGUGACUGGAUAUAAAAUGUGUACAAAUCUACCGUUAUUUUAUAGCACAAAAUCUACUUUUUAUGUAUGAGAUUUAGCUUUACAGAACACUGGGCUUUUUUCAUGCACACUAACUGCAUCCUAGAUCGAAUUUGUUCUGUUCUAGCAUUUUAAUGUGCAGGUUUUAAUUUUAAAGGGCUGUUGAACCACAUUUCAAUUUUUAACAUUCUCACUCUGUGGAGUGAAGCAUACUUAGCUGUUGCUCAACACUGUUUUCCAGUUAAUGGGGUCCACCACUAUCUUUCCUGGACGUCAAGUGUCUCAGGUAAAUAUUCAGCAUGUAUGUGCACAGGUGCUGGAUGUUUAGCUCUGGUGCUGCAAGUAUGGAGAAGACAGUAGAGGACCCUAGGAGCUGAAAACCAAGUGUUACGGAGCAGUUAACAUACAGCCACCUUUAUUUUGACUGCUUAACCUGUUAAGGCAGUUAUUGCGAUUUGUUGAAUUACUGUACAGUGACCAUCCUGGCCUAGCAGGUGUCCUAAUAGUGCUCGAUUUAUAUUUCUGUAUGCUUCAUCCAACAGGUUCCAUGGAGGUUAAAAAUGGUAUGGGGCUGGACAACCCCUUGCAGAAUAGAUCCCUUAGGACACCGGGUGGUCAGGAAUAUAUUCACUGCACAGUGUUGGGCGGGUAGGGGUUGGGAACCGGUCACAGUAAUCCUUUGCUACAUACUCUUGUCUGUUGCUGAAUGUAGACUGGACUACAGGGGUUGUUACUUCAUCAAAUGGCCUUUAUCACGUAGACAAAGUUUUAAUCCAAGGCACUUACUAAUGCAGGCAUCCUCAAACUGUGGCCCUCCAGCUGUUGUAAAACUACAACUCCCACAAUGCCCUGCUGUAGGCUGAUACCUGUAGGCUGUUCGGGCAUGCUGGGAGUUGUAGUUUUGCAACAGCUGGAGGGCCGCAGUUUGAGGAUGCCUGUACUAAUGUAUUGUGAUUUCUCCAUAUUGCCUCCUUUUGCUUGCUUGAUUAAUUUCUCCAUCCCAUCAUACACUGCUCGUUUCUAGAGGUUAUGACCACCGUGCAAUACAGCAGUGGUGGUUGCAUUUGCACACUAUAGGAAAAAGCAUCAGCCUCUCUGCUUGCAAGGGCUGUGUCCACCAGAGAGUCUGCCGCUCUUUCCUAUAGUGUGGAAGCACGGCCACUGCUGCUGUAUGGCAGGAUGGUCAUAACCACUGGAAACGAGCAGUGUAUAAUAGGAUGGAGAAAAGAAUCAAGCUAGCAAAGGAAGCAAUAUGCACAAUCACAAUAUGUUAUAUGAACUUUGUCUACAUGCUGAAGUGACACCCCUUUAAUGCGAUGCAUAAGAUUCCACCUAUCCCAGUUGUAGCUGUAGGUAGCUCACUGUCUGUAUUACAGAAAAAAACAUUUAUUCUAGUUUACAGAACCUGUGAACCUGAAUGGUUCAAACAGGACGGUUUGGCAAUAAAGGCACACAGCAACCUGCACCAGAAGAAAGAGUGGAUCCUGAAGGGAAAAGUAAUAUAUAUAUAUAUAUAUAUAUAUAUAUAUAUAUAUAUAUAUAUAUAUAUAUAUAUAUAUAUAUAUAUAUAUAUAUAUAUUUAAAUUCAGGUUCUCUUUUUUGACUAAAAUUGAUGUUUCUCUAAUUUAGGCUAAAUUCACACGGCUCACAUUUAAAAGCAUCAGAUUGAAAUCUGCACCUGUUCUGUACUGUGGUGCUGUGUUCAAGUACCACAUCAAGUCUUGUUGAAAGCUGCUGUUUCUAGUCUUAACCUUAUCUCUCUGUCCUUUAGGAGGUGCUACAUGUUUUUCUAACUGCAGUGCUAUGGUGUAAUUUUUAUCUUCAUUUCUGUAUUCUUGUCACAAUAUAAAUGGAAGUAAAAAUAAUUGGAAAAAAAAAUAUAAAGCCAUGACUUUGUUACUGUC